CCUAUAUGGACCGGCUGUCCGGAUUCAGUCUUUCAAUGUACAAUGGAAACGGGGAUCUUAUUUACCGAUACAAAGACAAUGAAAACACCCCUUUAUUAGUUUACGAAAUUUCACUAGUGCGGGACAAUUCAGCCAGAUUAAUCAGUAUCGAAGCAGAUCAGGGUAAUAGUUCAAGUCGUGUUAUAACAGUGUGUGAAGUUGAAGUUUAUGCAG